AGGAUAGACAACGACCCCCUCUGCAACGCCUUCAGCAUCGACGCGGGCUUCAACAUGCAGGUGUACUUCGCCAUCAUCCACGCGUGGCUGUUGCACCAGCGCCUCGUGCUGGAGGGCUCCAAGGCCAAGAGGCUCGACGAAGACCUGUUCGAGAGCUGCUGGACCCUGGUCCGGAACUGGAUGUGGCUGAAGAAGAUCCCGGAGUACCGGUUCGACGCCGAGUUGCAGAACGUCCAGGAGUACAUGCUGGGCUUCUGCGUCGCCCUCGACAAGGCCCUGGAGAGGCCGGACAUCCUGCCCGGGCGCCUGCAGCAGACGCUGUGGGCCAACGUCUACUCCGGCGGCGUGAAGCGGGACGCGGCGGUGCUGAGCCGCCUGACGAAGUACUGUUUGCGCCAGCUGGGCCUCAUGCUCCACCUGGAGGCGGACCGCUUCCUGGCGGGCAACUUCGUCUGGGCGGACUUCCCUCUCCCGGACGACCCGCCGAGGGCGCCCCUGCAGAUCCCCGCGUGGCGGCAAGAGUUCAACAAGG